CGACGACGACGACGGUGGUGGUGGCAGCGGCGGCGGCUGCGACAGCAGGGGUGUCGAAGAAGGCCUCUUGACCAGAAGAGGACUCAGUCUUCCUUGAAGAUCUGUUCUGUGUCUCUGCCCGGGUUUCUCUUGGAGCUCCGCAUCUCUGCCUGGACAGACUCCUGAAGAAUUCGAAUUGAGAGCCAAACGGGAUUGGUGCAGAGAGGGUGAACCCCGGAGCAAAGAUGUUCUACUACCCUAACGUGCUUCAGCGCCACACAGGCUGCUUCGCCACUAUCUGGCUGGCAGCGACCCGAGGCAGCCGUUUGGUGAAGCGUGAAUACCUAAAUGUGAACGUGGUAAAGACUUGCGAGGAAAUCCUCAAUUAUGUGCUGGUAAGAGUGCAACCUCCGGUGUCCGGGCUGCCCCGCCCCCGCUUCUCCCUCUAUCUCUCUGCCCAGCUUCAGAUUGGUGUGAUAAGGGUCUACUUUCAACAGUGCCAGUACCUUGUGGAAGACAUCCAGCAUAUCUUGGAGCACCUACAUCGUGCCCAGCUGCGGAUUCGCAUUGAUAUGGAGGAGGCUGACCUACCUAGCUUGCUUCUUCCCAACUGCCUGGCCAUGAUGGAGAUGCUGGAAGAUGCCCCAGAGCCCUUUUUUGGGACGAUGUCUGUGGAUCCUAGGCUUCCCAGUCCUUUUGAUAUUCCUCAGAUUCGACACCUUUUAGAGGCUGCAACCCCGGAAAAAGUUCAUAAGGAGACCCUUCCUGAAGCCACUCCAGAGCCCGGGAAGCCUGACAGGACCUUGGCCACCGUGCAGUCCCCUGAGGUCAUCACCUUACAGGAGGCAGAGCCCAUCCGCAUGCUGCGGAUUGAGGGAGAGCAGGAUCUCCCAGAGAUCAGUCGAGGAGACUUAGACCUGCUGAUCGCAGAGAAAGAUGACGCUAUCUUGCUAGAGGAACGUCAGAGGGGCAGGCUUCUCCGACGGCGGAGAGCUUCACCAUCACUGGAUGAAUCCAGGGAAGAACCCCGGGCCCUGGAAGGUGAUGGUUUGGUCUCCUCACUCUCACCUCCAGCUCCUGCACAGGUUGAAGGGACACGAGAAGCACCGCCAGGCCAAGUCUUCCGUCCUGAGGUACAGAAGAUGACAGGCUGGGAGCCUGGGGCCCUACUCACUGAGGUGACCCCACCUCAGGAGCUGCGGCUGCCUGCCCCACCCAGUACAGAGAAGAGGCUCCCAUCUCUUCAGAGGCCACUUCCCCGCCGCCCCCGGCGCCGGCGCCAGUUAUUAUUCUGGGACAAGGAGACCCAGAUCUCCCGGGAGAAGUUUGAGGAACAAUUGCAGACUGGGGCUCACUGCUCGGAAUAUCCAGUGGCCCAGCCUCCCAAGAGGAUGCUCACAAGCCCAGCGGAGCUCUUCAGAACCCCAACUCUCUCUGGCUGGUUACCCCCAGAACUACUAGCUUUAUGGACACACUGUGCCCAGGUCCCCCCAAGAAUGCUCAGACAAAGACCACAACUGGAGACUGAAGAGACAGUUGAGGAAGAGAGGGCAGCAGACAAGGAAGAAAGGAGAAAGACUGAAGCUCUGAGCGAGAUUGAGGUUCUGAGGGAGGCCCAGGAGCCCAGCGGUCCCCUCAUGCUGUCUUCAGAGCUCUCCCUAGAAGCAGCAGAAGAUGAAAAGUCUCGUACUAGCCUCAUCCCCCCAGAAGACCGGUGGGCCUGGACUGAGGAGGGGCAGCCCGAGCCCCCUGCACUGCCCAUGCUGCCUGAACUUCCUGAAGUGCCCAUGGAGAUGCCCCCAAGGCCUGAACUACUCUCUUCAGAGGCCGUGCUUAGGGCAGUAGCAGUGGAACUGCAGGCCAACAGGGAGCUUGACUUCAGCAGCCUGGUGCCCCCUCUCAGCCCCCGAAAGUUGGCUUCUCGGGUCUUCUAUCUGCUCUUGGUGCUGUCCACACAGAAGAUUCUUCUUGUGGAACAACAGAAGCCAUAUGGGCGCCUCCUGAUUCAUCCUGGACCCAAAUUCCCCUGAGCCAGUUCAUUAAACCAUAUCCUGCCUCA